AUGUCCCAGGAUGGAGCAGUUAUGGGCUUCCAUCCUAACCAUGCGAUGCCAUGCCAACACUACGUCCAAGCAAUGGAGAAGACACCACAGCUUCCUGCAUCCAAGAAUGUGAUGCCUGUUUCUUUUCAUCCUUAUCACGAUCUCUCACCCAAUGCUGGCAGGAUCCACCUCUUCCGCAAAGGACUGACGUCCGAACCCCUGCGAUCUCAGCUUGGCAUAUAUAACAGCACGGGCUCCCUAACCCAGAAGAUAAUCAAGAUGAGCAACUUUGGAAGCGGCAGCUGUCCCAUCUCAGGAAGGGUAACUGCUCCAUGUACUCCGUUGAGAAGUUCCCCCUGUCCCUCAGGCAAUCAAGUCCCCUUGGCUGUCCCAGCCACUGUGGGUCAAAGUUCUGUGGUGACCUUCCGCUUUAUUGAGAAGGCCAGUGUGAAAACUUUAAAUGGCUUCCCUCUGAUAGAAUCCGGAAAGGAAAAUGGUUUGAGCAGAAGUUUGGAAUCCGGAGAGGAUUUUCACUUUGAGGCCAAUAAGCAAAGGAGCCAAAAGACAAAUGUUCAGAUGCAGCCUUCCUUACAGCACAAAGUCACAGCAUCCCUCAAUCCUGUCAUUCUGGAUAACGGGAUGAGCUGCAAAGUACAGAAAGAUAAAUCCUCUUUGACCACUACAGGUGAACAGGACUCAGGGGUUCUCAGUAGUAAGCAGGAGAGUCUUGGGUUUAAGCCAAAACCAGAAAUAUCUGCUUCAGAUCCACUUCUUGCUGGAAACAGGUUUCUUUUAAAUACACAGCCCACUUUGAGUUGGGGUAAUGGAACCCCACUUCCUCUUGGUGCCAGGUCCCCUCCCAGUUCCCUCACUGGUGAGAUGAGCAGUCUGUCAAAUGAUCUCUUGUGCCAUCGAAGACACCCACAGAGCAAGGAACCACAGUACCAGCGAAACUUGUGGGCAUAUUCACAUGAAAGCUCAGCCCAUGCCCAGCGUGUUGCCAAGGCCAAAUGGGAAUUUUUCUACGGCUCCGUGGAAUCUCCUAAGACAGGAAUGCCGUCUCAGAAUGCUCUUGAUCCUUCACUUGAGAAAUCCAAACUGUCAGUGCAACAAAAACCAGAGCUGAUGAGGCCAGAACACAGUCUGUGUCACGUAGAGGUAGAAAUUGAGAUGACGCCACCAGGUAACACGACGUUUGAAAAUUGUGAAACUGGAAUAAUCCGCAGAACAGUGAAGUAUUCAGAGACUGACCUGGACUCUAUCCCCUUGAGAUGCUACCACGAGACAAACAUUGAUGAUAUUUUGGCUGAGAAGGAAGAAGUGGAUUCAGCCAUUGAGAGCCAGAAGGACAGCGAGAGCAAUUUUAGUUCUGCGGGAAUGCCAAGGAAAGCAAACGUUGUUCCAAAUGACCUCUUUUUUCAGCAUGCCAUGGAAGAGGAUAGCAAAGCUUUAGACCACAAGAACCAGCGGAAUAAAGUUUGUGAAAUAUCUGAAGCCAUGGUACAUCAGCAGGACAGGGUCAUCAACAGAAAUUCUCAAUUAAUCAAGUCCCCUGUACCCUUCCUCUUUGGGCAGAACAUUUCCAAGGAUAGUAUGGAUUCAUUCAGCAAGCAUUUUGAGAGCAUCAUGGAGUCACAUCGAGCCAAAGGAACUUCUUAUACCAGCCUAGAUUCCAUAGAUAUCUUGUCUUCUCCCACUCAGAUACAAAAUGGAACUGUCUUCACCUUUGAUCUUCCUACUCUUACGCCAGAAAUUCAGGAGGAAAUUCAAGACAGCACUAAAACCAUUGAGCAGAAUUUUGCCCCUCUGGCUCUUCUGGAUCCAGAUUCUGGAACCAGUUCUGCCACAGAUGUUCCUUGGACUGAACGGGAAGAGGAAGCAAGACAAAAAUGGAAAAAUAGCUUGCAGAGUCCCUGCCAUUCCAAGGACAGUUUAGGAUUUCCCCUGGCCUCCAUCAUAAGCAAGCAUCAUCUCAGUCAGCUGGUCUCUGACUCAGAUUCUGAAAUGGACAGCACAGAGCAACUAGCCCUGGGUAGCACGGACACACUUUCUAGUGGACAUAAUGCUGAUCUAGAGGCUGCCAAACGCCUUGCAAAAAGGCUGUACAACUUGGAUGGUUUCAAAAAGGCAGACGUAGCUCGUCAUCUGGGGAAGAAGUACAGUAACGAUUUCAGUAAGACAGUAGCAGGGGAGUAUCUCAAGUUCUUUGAAUUCACUGGAAUGACUCUGGACCAAGCUCUUAGGUCUUUUCUGAAGGAGCUGGCCCUGAUGGGAGAAACUCAAGAACGGGAGCGGAUCCUAGCUCACUUUUCACAACGCUAUUACGAGUGCAAUCCCAAAACCAUCCCUUCUGAAGAUGGAGCCCAUACUCUGGCGUGUGCCUUGAUGCUUUUAAAUACAGACCUACAUGGAUACAAUAUUGGGAAGCGAAUGUCCUGCUCGGAUUUCAUUGGGAAUCUGGAAGGUCUCAAUCAAGGCAGUGAUUUCCCCAGAGAACUACUCAAGGCUGUAUAUAGCUCUAUCAAGAAUGAAAAGCUACAGUGGGCCAUAGAUGAAGAAGAGCUGCGAAAGUCCCUUUCGGAAUUGGCAGACCCCAACUCAAAGUCUAUCAAAUGCAUCAGCAGCUGCAGCAACCCUUUCCUGGACUUCUCACAGGAUCCCAGCAUUGCUAUGUACAAGUACGGUUUCCUGGUGCGCAAGAGCCAUGCCGAACCAGAUUGCAAAAAGACUCCAAGAGGAAAACGUGGAUGGAAGACUUUCCAUGGGAUACUAAAGGGAAUGAUCUUGUAUCUACAGAAGGAGGAAUAUAAACCUGGUCAAGCCCUGGCUGAGGAAGAUCUGAAAAAUGCCAUCAGCAUCCAUCAUUCACUGGCCACCCAGGCAUCAGAUUACAGCAAAAGACCCAACGUUUUCUACCUCAGGACAGCUGACUGGAGAGUCUUCCUCUUCCAAGCCCAGAACACAGAACAAAUGCACUCCUGGAUCACACGGAUUAAUGUGGUAGCAGCUAUGUUCUCUGCACCACCAUUUCCAGCAGCCAUUGGAUCCCAAAAAAAAUUCACUCGCCCGUUACUGCCCAGUUCUUCCACAAGAUUAUCACAGGAAGAGCAACUGAAGAGUCAUGAAAUCAAAUUUAAAGCCAUGGCAGCAGAACUCUUGGAGCAUCGUUCCUCCCUCCCUGAGAAGAAGGUGAAAGGCAAGGAGUAUGAGGAACUGAAGCAGAAAGAGGAGUAUCUGAUAUUUGAAAAAUUACGCUAUGGCAUUUAUGCUACACUAAUGCGCACCAAGUUGAAGACUGGCUCUGAGGAUCUGGCCGCUUUGGAAGCCACCCUGUUUGUUACAGUGGGUAGCUCAGAAGACAGCUUCAAGGAGUCCCAGUCCAGCCUUCCCCUGAACCAGGAGCCAGCUGGCACAGGUUCCAAGAUAAAAUGCAACAAUCAGUAA